GAUGAAAUGUUCGUUAAGCGCGUGAAAGACGCGAGAAAUUGAAACAUCCGCCAGAACUCAUUGUUAUGGUGCCAGCAUUUUAGAGAGAGAGAGAGAGAGAAGCACUCUCACAAAAACAAACAAAAUAAAUGAGAGAGACACAGAGAGGGGGAAUCUUGUUCUCUUGGUAUAAUCCAUCUUUCAGGAACCAAAACCAAAGUGAGAAAAACGAGACAUUUUUUUUGUUUAGCUGCUAUUUUUGAAUUUCUGGAAGAAGACCCUUUUGUUGCAAAGGUUUGAAUUUUCGUAUUGAAAUCUUUUUUUUGGUGAUAUGGGCUUUGUGGAGGAAGAGGAAGAAGUGGAUUUCUGAUAAAGCAAGAUCAGGAAUAGAAAAAUCACAAUCUGGGUUCUCUUUAUACAAGCUUCUAAUGAUGGAAAGGAACAAACCCAAGAGGCUCUACCAAGUUUGGAAAGGAAGCAAUAAAUUUUUUUGCGGUGGGAGAUUGAUGUUUGGUCCAGAUGUGGCAUCUCUGUUUCUGUCCAUAAUUCUUAUUGGUGGUCCCGCAGUUGUCUUUUGUAUAAAAGCUUAUUUGAGAAUAGGAAAUACCAAGGACAAGAAGGAAGUUCCUUGGUUUCCUGUAUUCAUUGUAGGCUCGAUCCUCACUAUGUUGGAUUUGAUUUUUCUCUUAAUAACUUCUAGUAGAGAUCCUGGAAUUGUUCCUAGAAAUUCAAGUCCUCCUGAGCCAGAUGAAGGAUUUGAUAUGCCUACACCAUCAAUGGAGUGGGUUAACGGUAGAACCCCUCAUUUGAAGCUACCACGAACAAAGGAGGUCAUUGUAAGUGGCCACACAGUAAAAGUGAAGUACUGUGACACUUGUUUGCUAUAUCGCCCACCCCGUGCUUCUCAUUGUUCCAUUUGCAAUAACUGUGUCCAGAAAUUUGAUCAUCAUUGCCCUUGGGUUGGUCAGUGCAUUGGACUAAGGAACUACCGUUUCUUUUUCAUGUUCAUAUCAACUUCGACCAUCCUAUGCUUAUAUGUUUUCACUUUUACUUGGAUCAUUGUCAUUGAGGAACAUGGGAAUGCUUGGCGAGCCAUAAUACAUGAUGUCGUUGCAGAUUUUCUCAUAGUUUACUGCUUCAUAGCUGUCUGGUUUGUUGGCGGCCUCACAGCUUUCCAUACCUAUCUUAUAUGCACAAGCCAGACGACUUAUGAGAACUUCCGAUACCAGUACGAUAAGAAGGAAAACCCAUAUAGCAAGGGAAGCAUGAGAAACAUUGCAGAUGCUUUGUUCUCCAAAAUACCACCUUCAAUGAUUACUUUCAGAUCUUUUGUUAAGGAGGAUGAACAUAUGGCAGUGGGACCUGCAUCUCCAAAUCUUGGAGAAGAUAUUAUGAGCUCAAAGGAGAAAAUUGAUAUUGAAAUGGGAACUAGGCUUCACCAGGACAGUGAUUUUCCGAUUCCAGAUAUUUUGCGUAAUUUGGACUAUGAUGAUCUUGAGGGUAGUUUCAAGAAUGUAGAAGAGGGACAAAGACCUUCUUUCAAAUCAGUAUUUCCUGCUGAACCCAAAGAAAAAGAAUCUGUACAAAGCUCCACAGGUGGAGGUGAAGUUAUAAAACCCGAGGAAAGUUUGGAUAAUGGCAAUGGAGGAGUUAGAGAGUAUGCACAAAGCUUACCUGCAGGAGACACAUUGAGAAAAUCAAUUGAAAGCAGCAAACCUUCUAAAGGAACUGAUGAUGGAAGUAGCUCUCAGCAAACCACAACAGUUACUCAAACAUAAAGGUUUGGUUGCCUGCUUGCUACACAUCUUUCUAAGGUCUGUACAUCAUCUUUCUAAGGUCUGUACAUCCCUGGAAGCAGAUAUUUAUAAUUUUUUUUUUUUCCGGUGUUUUGUAGUUUACAUACAUAGUCUAGCAGAUUGAGAUAGCUGUUAGGUUUUCUAAAACACAGGUUAAGCACAUUCAUAUCAAUAUUGGUUAAUGCUGGGAAAGAUUGAGGAUUUGGUCAUUUGCUUGAAUCUACCCUUCAUAAAGAUUUUAGAGUCAAUGUUGUUGUUGUAAAUGUCUUGGUUUCAAAUAAUGCGGUAAAUCUGCAAAGGAAAUGAUAACAUCCGAAGUGACAUAAUGGAGCAUAGAUUUCCUUCAUAAUGCUGUUGUACCUCCUUUUUUUUUUUUUUUUUUCUUUAUAAAUAUCAGAUAUUUUUUGGGGAAUUAAUUUUUACAGUCAAAUCUGAUUGAUUCA